ACUGUGAUCUUUCCUCUCCGCUUUUGAGUGUGAAAACUGAGAAAUGUGGAUGAUGAAGAAAGCUGGGACAUGGGUGGUUGGUUGGGACCGUCGACUGGGUAGGAGUAGGGUAGGGUUGGGGGUGAAGUAAGCCCAACCCAACCCGCGGCCUCCGCCACUACCCUCGCCUCCUCGACGGCCACCUCAGCCCCUUGCAGCCUCUGUCCCGAACUUGUCUCCGAUCCUUUCCAUCAUUUUUGCGGCUCUCUGAAACAUAAUGAUUUCAGCUACAUUACGUAGACGUUCUCAUUUAUUCAUUCUCAGUAGAUGUAUGUGUGUAUUGCAAAUUGUAUUUCGAAUACUAGCUAUAAACUCUAGCUCAAUUCUUAACCACCUCCUCCUGGUUUAUUGACCACUCUUUCCAAUGACGAUGAAAAUAUGGAGCUCCAAGCCAAAGUUCCGGGUGAGAAUAAAAAUGGCGAAGUUGAAAGCCACAGUAUCAGAAUAUGAGACAAAGUGAUGAUGUGCCGUCCCGUCCCCUUUCUAGAAGCCGCAAAAAUGCACGUGUAACUUCAAAAAUGGAAUACGUGUCAGCUUAAUUGCAAUGGUGUUGACAGCGAGCGCUGUGGGUUUUGGCUAUAAGUCCGAUCAAACGCGAAACGAAAGCACCCUUGCAAGAAAUUGAAGAAGAAAUGGAGAGGAAUUACCCAGAAGUUGAGCAACAAAAUGGAAAUAACUUUGAUGAGCGAUAUAAAGGGGAUGGACCUCCGACGGAUGACGUCUGCCCAAUCUGCCUUGAUCUCUUCACCGUACCUUGUAGAAGCAAUUGUACACACUGGUUUUGUGCCAAUUGCAUCCUGCAGUUCUGGAUGUAUAUAUCAGUGAUUCAGCAGUGCAAAUGCCCCUUAUGCAGUCUCCCAAUUACAAACUUGGUUUUGGAGAUGUCUCAACUUGUUCAACCAGGAGAGGAUGUCGAAGAAGUUAUCAGAAAAGUGAAGCAUUAUAAUCGCCUGUUUGUUGGUGGAUUGGAUGCUUUCUUCCUGAAGGUACUAAUGUUGCCGGACUUGAUCAAGAAAGUGUUCAGAUUUCUGAUGGAUCUGGAGGCUUUGACAUGCGACCUAUGUGUAAUGCGCUUCCUUGGGUUGCUGCUGAUUUUAUUCUACGGGAUGAAGGAAUUUCAGUUGAUCUCAAUUGCAAUAUCAUUACACAAGUAUACACAAAAGUGGCCUUUCAGGCUCCCCGCGACCAACGCUGCAUUUUGGAGCAUUCGGGAUACUAAAAAUCUUUGAUGUUGGGGCUAACUUAUUGCUCGCCAGUCUCUUUGUCUACCAUAUGUGGCAGCGAUGGGAGCUUAGAGGUCUUGAAAGGCGCCUAGCUGAUCUCCAACUACGGAAUGCUUUGAUUGAUCUACAACAAUGGGAUGCUUUGAUUGAUCUACAACAAUGGGAUGCUUUGGUUAAUCUAGAAGAAUGAGAUGCUCUGGAUAAUCUAUCAGCAGAAGAUGCUUGAUCCCCAAGUUCAUGUGGAUCUCGACUUGAGGCUCCCCUUAGCUUGUAGCAAUGCAUCUAUUUGCAGCAUGAUGUUGAGCAUUACUUGGUUGGAGGGUUUAUUUUCGAAUUGCCACUCCUGAUAGUAAUGUUUAUAUGUAGAAUCCCUUUGUAGAUUGGGAAAUUUAUAGAAUCAGUUUGAUGCACUUGCGAAUAAUCGUACUUUUAUGGUGUUCAGAUAAUUGUUUAAAAGGGAAAAAUUAGCCAAAAAAUAGACUUGAUUA